UUAUGUCCUCCUUGUUGAAGGGUUUUAGAAUAUAGAAUCUCAAAUUAAGCCUAAAACCCUUUCCCCUUUACGCGCACUAUAACAACACCGGCGUAAAUAAGCCGUUAAAGCUAAUUUGCGCUCCGGUGAACUGUCACCGGAAAUACAAUGUUACGAAUAGGUUCAACUCUCCGUACAGCACGGAAGCUCAUCCACUUUCAACGCCCCACCGUCGCCGGAGAUUCCACCGUCGCCGGAGAUUCUUCCAUCGGCGGCAUAGCGCGUGUACAUCACCGGAGAUUCAAUACGCGUGGUUCGGCUUCAUUAUUUUCCACUUUGAGCAACAACAACAACAACAACAAUAAUAGCUCAAUUACUUCUCCAGCUGAGGAAAAUGAUAGUGUUGAAUCCAAUAUAUUGGCGAGGCGAUUAUCGGAUGGAAUGCAGGAUGCGGCGUAUUUAGCAAUAGAGUUAGCAUUGGAUUCUGUAGUUAAGAUAUUCACUGUUUCAACUAGUCCUAGUUACUUCCUUCCUUGGCAGAACAAGUCUCAGCGCGAAACUACUGGCUCUGGUUUUGUUAUUCCGGGAAAGAGAAUCCUGACAAAUGCUCAUGUUGUGGCUGAUCAUACAUUUGUACUUGUAAGAAAGCAUGGUUCUCCAACCAAGUAUAUAGCAACAGUUCAGGCCGUUGGUCAUGAAUGUGACUUGGCUAUUCUGGUAGUAGAAAGUGAAGAAUUCUGGGAGGGCAUGAACUCUUUAGAGCUUGGUGAUGUCCCAUUUCUCCAAGAAGCUGUGGCUGUUGUUGGUUAUCCUCAAGGGGGAGACAAUAUAUCUGUCACAAAAGGUGUCGUCUCAAGGGUUGAACCUACGCAAUAUGUACAUGGUGCUAGUCAACUAUUGGCAAUACAAAUUGAUGCAGCUAUAAAUCCAGGGAAUAGUGGAGGACCAGCAAUCAUGGGUGACAAAGUUGCUGGAGUUGCUUUCCAAAACCUUUCGGGUGCAGAGAAUAUUGGCUACAUUAUUCCUGUUCCUGUGAUAAAGCAUUUUAUAGGCGGCGUAGAAGAACGUGGUGAAUACGUUGGGUUUUGCUCUUUGGGCUUGUCAUGCCAACCUACUGAAAAUGCACAAAUUCGAGAGUACUUCCAAAUGCAGUCCAAGUUGACAGGUGUACUCGUUAGCCGAAUCAACCCACUUUCUGAUGCUGCUAGAGUAUUAAAGAAAGACGAUAUAAUCCUCUCAUUUGAUGGUGUACCCAUAGCAAAUGAUGGAACAGUUCCUUUCCGAAAUAGAGAGCGAAUCACAUUUGACCAUCUUGUAUCUAUGAAGAAACCAAAGGAAACUGCUGAACUUAAAGUCCUGAGGAAUGGUGAAGUGCGUGACUUCAAGAUCACAACUCAUCCUUUGCAACCACUUGUUCCAGUUCAUCAAUUUGACAAGCUUCCGAGUUAUUUCAUUUUUGCUGGUCUCGUCUUUAUUCCAUUAACUCAACCAUUCCUUCACGAGUAUGGAGAAGAGUGGUAUAAUACCUCACCCCGUCGGUUGUGUGAACGAGCACUUCGGGAACUACCUAAGAAACCUGGCGAACAAUUUAUCAUCCUUUCACAGGUGUUGAUGGAUGAUAUUAAUGCUGGUUAUGAGCGCCUUGCCGAGUUACAGGUGAAGAAGGUUAAUGGUGUAGAAGUUUUGAAUCUUAAACAUUUACGUCAGCUUGUGGAAGAUGGUAACCAUAAGAAUGUGAGAUUUGAUUUGGAUGAUGAGAGGGUGAUCGUUUUGGAUUUUGAAUCGGCAAGAAUAGCGACAUCGCGUAUAUUGAAACGCCAUAGAAUACCUCAAGCCAUGUCUAGCGACCUUACUGAUGAUCAAGAUGCAGCUGAACUUCAGUCAGCUUGCUCAACCUAAUUUUUAUAUUACAAUCAAAUCUCUCUAUAACGAUGUCAUUUGUCGGAAUAUUUUUUGGUUGUCACAGAGAGGCUUAUUGUACUUCUCUUCACUAUUCUUUCCAAAAUUUUGCUAUUUGUAUAUCUUUGUGCUUUAUCAAAAUAAUGUAUUCUUAUUUAUUUAA